GCUUCCCAGAUAAAUCGGACACCAAUAAACCCAGCCAGCCUUACAGAAACAGAGGGACAGUCACCUUGAUUAAUACAGCAGCGCAUAAGCACGAUCAGCCCCCCGAUCGUUCCGCUUCAUCUUUACUACCUGUUCAAUGUGCGGCAUUCUCUUUUCCCUGUGCACCACGGGAGUCGCCGUCGAGCCGGACCUUUGGGCCGAUUUAAUGUGCCUGAAUACGAAACGAGGACCCGAUGCACAAGGCACCCAUCAAAUAACGGCAGAUACGGAAGGAGAGAAUCCGGUGGAUCUGUGCUUCUUUUCCACUGUACUUCAUCUCCGAGGACCUCGUGUGGUUGCACAACCUGUCGAGAAUCCAAUGACCCACGAUGUUCUUUGCUGGAAUGGCGAAAUAUUUGGUGGUUUAAAGGUCGAUUGCACAGAUAAUGAUACUCGGGUGUUAAUGGAUCACUUAUCACAAAUGGACGACCGAUCGCCCAACGGAUUGUUGAACCUUAUUUCGCAGAUCGAAGGUCCGUUUGCAUUUGUGUACUGGCAGGCUCGUGCCAGAAAGCUUUGGUUUGCGCGCGAUUGCUUGGGACGUCGUUCUUUGUUGUGGCGUCGGUCGGAUGGGGGACCUUUCAUGCUUAGCUCGGUGGGACCUUCGUCGCGGCUGAAUAAGAAAGAUUGGGCGGAAGUGCCUGCUACUGGUAUAUACUGCAUCGAUCUCAGUCAACCGGCUCGCCAAGACGACGUGGCUGUGGGUGGCUAUCCGUUGAAAAACUAUACUUGGUCUCAUCAGACCACGCCCGAUGCCGACAUUCUUACUUUGAAUUUACCUUUUCCGAAAUUGAAUACUGAAAUGCCACCGGCUGAUAUCCUGGAAACGACCAAAGUCGAUGAUGCCGUCGAACCACCCAUGGAUCCGAAAAUGGACCAAUCCAUUGACCAGUUUACAGAGGUGCUAAGUGAAUCGGUGCGUUGUCGAGUGGCCGAUAUUCCGUCUUUCAGCGAGACAAAUCGAGCCCGUGUCGCCAUUUUAUUUUCGGGUGGCAUCGACUGUAUUUGCUUGGCUGCGUUGGCGCAUCAGCAUUUGCCUCUUUCUGAACCGAUUGAUUUGCUCAACGUCGCCUUUGAGAAUCCGCGCACGGAAAAGGCAAAGCAGCAACCCAAAUCAAAACCCAAGUCCAAGUCGAAAUCUAAAAAGAACAAAGAAAGCACUGAAUCGACGCCUGAGCCUGUCACUUCCGUAGAAAAGGAGGCAUUGAACUCCAUGUAUAACACACCGGACCGCUUGACUGGUCGUGCAGGUGCUGAAGAAUUACGACGUAUUGCUCCCAAUCGACAAUGGAAUUUUGUUGAAGUGGACGUACCAUACACGGAAGCGAUGGAGCAUCGGCAAACGAUCAUUGAUCGCAUGUUUCCUCUCGAUACGGUCAUGGAUCUGAGUAUUGCUAUGGCGUUCUGGUUUGCAUCUCGCGGUCGAGGUACAAUAACAUACAGUGGUACUACCGAGCCUUACGAAAGUCCUGCACGCGUACUGAUAUCGGGUCUGGGAGCUGACGAACAACUGGGCGGCUACUCGCGUCAUCGAGAAGCGUUCCGUCAAGGAAGUUGGGAACGACUGAUCCAAGAAGUACACGCAGUUGGAUGUAGACAGAAUAUCUACUCGAAAUUUAGGACGCGAUGAUCGUAUCAUGUCGGAUCAUGGAAAAGAGGUUCGCUUCCCCUUUCU